AUGAAUAGUUCUUCAUUACUAGCAGCAAUUUUUUUUGUUUGCUUCGCCCUAUCGCAAUGCCCAAGAAGUGCAAGUGGAAACGCAAACAGUCCAUCGUGGGUGCUUCAAAAAUUUUUCAAUCGGUGCUCGGAAAAAGACCAAGUGAUAAAAUGCCUUAAAAUUCAGGCCCUGAAAGUUGCAGAUCGUGCCCUACAGGUUCGAUCUUUCAACAUUCUGGAUGGACUUAAUAUUGUGAGCAACGAGAGACUAAAAAAAAGUGUCAAUGGUGAAGUGUUUUUGAACGAAACUAAAUUGGAGAAACUUUCUAAUGAUGAUUUGGAUAGUUUACUUGGAGAUAGAGCGUCAAGGUUUAUGGAUUCACAUAGAAUUGAGCUCAACAUCCCAACGAUAGUGAAAGAGGCUGGUAGAAGUUUUUCAGAAGAAGCCCGGAAAAAAAAGGGAGGCAAAGGGGGCGGAAAGGGAGGCUACGGUGCGUUGCUAGCUGCCUUGGCAAUAAAGGGAAGUUUUUUGGCUGUAGCCUAUAAAGGUAUCGCCAUUAUGUCCGGUACAGCUAUAUUAAUAGGAAAAAUGGCAUUGAUCCUAAGCGCGAUCCUUGGUUUAAAAAAAUUGGUAUCCCAAAAUCACGAAAAAACGACUUUUGAAAUUAUCAAAUCUCCGAAACACACCGAGGAACAUAUUCAUUCGUCCGCUCAUGAAGAUGACCAUUUUGACCACUACAGAAGAAACUAUUACGACACCAAUGAAGUCCAGAAGAGGAUUUAUAGAUUCCAGAUUCCCGAACAUUAA